AUGGGUGACGCAAACGGCGAGCUCCCUCAGUCCUCGACUCUCAACCACUUCACAUCAUACCCAGCCGUCUCUGACACCGUCUCUGCCUUCAAGAGCAACCCCUACGGCGCCAAAUCCCUUGAGUACGGCAACGCCGGCUACACCAAAUUCGUCAAGCCUGCUCUCCCCUACUUCCAGACACCCGCCGCAUAUGCAAAGCCCUAUGCCGCCAAAGCCGAUGAGAUCGGCGACGCCCUGCUGAACAAGGUCGACGAGAAGAUCCCUAUCAUCAAAUCAGACACCCAAGAGAUCAAGAAGACUGUCAGCGACUUUGUCUUCUGGCCUGUAACCAAGGGCUAUGAGACCAAGGACCAUGUCUUCAAGAUCUAUGCCAAGGAGAAGGAGAACUGUGGUGGUCAGGGAUAUGUUGCCAGCGGCAAGGCGGUUGUCACUACCGAGCUCGUCAUCCUGUCGGAGCUGUUCCACUGGGCUAGCACUUUCCUUCAGACUAAGAAGGAGGAAGCUAAGUCUGUGGUCCAGGAGAAGACCAACAACUGA